CGGCGAUUUGGGCACGGCCGGGGGGAUGCUGCUGGACCUGGCCGUCAAGCGCCCCGUGGUCAGGUCGAAAAUCAAGUUCACCACCGGCACCUGUAACGAUGCUACGGUGCAUAGCUGCGAGCUGUGUGGCAAAGGCUUUCGCUUGCAGCGGAUGCUCAACCGUCACAUCAAGUGUCACAGCCAGGUGAAGAGACACUUGUGCACCUUCUGCGGAAAAGGCUUCAACGACACCUUUGAUCUGAAAAGACACGUCCGGACCCAUACCGGAAUUCGUCCUUACAAAUGUGAGGUUUGCAACAAAGCCUUCACCCAGCGCUGUUCCCUGGAGUCCCACCUUAAGAAGAUUCAUGGCGUGCAGCAGCAAUACGCCUACAAACAGAGGCGAGAUAAACUUUAUGUGUGCGAAGACUGCGGCUACACGGGCCCCACGCAGGAGGACCUGUACCUGCAUGUUAGUAACAUUCACCCCGGAAGCGCUUUCCUGAAAAAAACCUCAAAAAAACUUGCAGCGGUUUUGCAAAACAAACUGAGCCCUGUCCUGCAGAGGAACUCCAAAGAUGACGACAAAGAUGAGUAACACAGUGGAUUACAGUGGUCUAAAGGAAUGAAGUUUACAUGUAGGACUAUAUAUAUAUAUAUUAUUUUUUUAAAAACAAUUUUGAAAGAAAUCCCUG